GUCAUGUCCAAAAAUCAUAAAAGUGAAUAUAAACUAAAUAAUUGGGUAAUAAAUACUCAAAAAUCUACUAUACCUUCCAUGAAAGAAACUGAAGAUCUCUCCGAGGAAUUGGGUAUACCACCACCAGAGAUGACAUUCUUGGAUAGUUUCGUUGAGUUACGCGACAAUGAUAGUGAUUUUAAGAUAUCAUUCAAUACUAGGGAUGCUCUCAGAGGUGUGAGUAAGAAGAAUGAACUUAGAGUGUCAUACGCCGAUCAUUGGGCUAAUAGUCGACAAACAGAAGAAUCUUCAACUAUAAAACCUAGCCAACCUUGGGAUUGGACUUACACUACGAGAUAUAAUGGAAGCACCUCAAACGUAUUCUCUACAUCAAAUAACGUUAAUGAUACGAUACCAAUUGAUAAACUCAGUGAUACUAAUCAGCCUAUCUUGUUCUAUGACGAUGUUCAACUUUAUGAAGAUGAGCUAGGUGAUAACGGUCAAGUUGGACUGAAUGUAAAAAUCCGUGUUAUGCCAUUCGGUUGGUUCAUCCUUCAGAGACUCUUCUUGCGUGUUGAUAAGGUUCUUUUCCGGAUGUUUGACGUAAGGGUUUAUCAUGAAUUCAAUAGUGGUGUUGUGAUAAGAGAGAGUACAGGUUUAGAGAGUAGUUGGGAUGCAGUCAAGCAAUGUCUUCCACCAACAGAUGCAACUAUCUUGUCCGAUGAGCCAACUAUUCAAGCUACUCUCAAGAUGAUAUCUAAAUAUGCCAAUGAACAAUGUACGAAAUGGGAUGGUUUAGGAUCUCUACUGGAUGUAUGUAAAUUGUAAAUCACUAUGUAAUAUUGUCU